AUGGUUGUUGUUAACAACAAUAAUAACAACAGUGAAGAAUCAAAUAAUAACAAUACCAACAACAACAACAACAACAACAACAACAAUACUAAUGACAAUAAUAAUAAUAAUGACAAUAGAAAUGAAACAGAUAAUAGGACAAUAAGAUUUAAUGAAGAGAAUAAUCAUUUAAUUAAUCAAAGUAGUAAUAAUCUAGUCUUUAAUCAAAACAAUAAUAAUAAUAUAUUAAAUCAAUCAAGGAAUAAUGUAGCCAACUCUAGAAAUAAUGUAAAGUCACCACUCUUUUCAACAUCGUCUAGUAUGAACUUGUCGUCUGCAGGUAGUUCUCCGAUCGGAGGAACACAGGGAGCAACAUCUGCUGUAUUGGGAUGUUCAAAGAUGGCAUUGCUGCCUGUAGACGAACGAAUGGCAAGAUGCGAACACUUACUACGAGAGGAUAAUGACGACGACGAUCAGUUGGGUCUUAGUCCGACCGGUCAUCAUCACACCAGCAGUGGUUUAUUCUCCACACUCAACCAUCAGCAUCAUGAAGAGUCUAAUCUAACCUCUUCACCAAUAAAUAGCUUUGAUUCUGAAAGUGACAGUGACAUUAAAAAUCACGUCGGCGGUCACAAAACAAGCAACGGUGGUGGCCACCAUCUAAGUGGCGGAGUGGAAAUGAAAACAAUUAAAGAAAGUCAACACAACAACAACAAAGAUGAAGAAGACAAAGACUCAUCAGAUGAAGAAGAUGAUGAAGAAAAUGACUCUGAUAUUGAAUUGGAGGAUCAAUUGGAUGCAGAGUAUCUGCAAAAUGAAGAGAAUCAACAAAUGGAGAGACUGGCGCGUCUACGUAAAUACCAUCAUAUCUACAAGGAAGCCGAUUUUUGGUUGGAACAUAUCAAUAUUCUAUUGUCGGUUGUAUCGGUUGGUUUAUUCAUUGCCAUGUCCUAUGUCGAUGUUGAUGGUAAAACUUGGUACGACCUUAAUUUCAUCAUCUUUGGUCUUUCACUUUAUUUUGUUUUUGAUUUUGUUAGAUUAUUAGUUUUCUCUGGUGAUAGAAUUCAUUUCCUAACAAAAAGAGAAACUUUAAUUGAUGUAGUUUCAUUAUUACCUAUUUUCGUUACUCUUUUACCCAAUACAAUAGUCAAUGUUAUUCCUCUUGCUUUUCUUCGUGUACUUCGUAUUUUAAAAGCUCCUCGUUUAUUUAAAUUAUAUGGUGCUAAUACUGUUACACAAAAAACUGCACAAUUGAUUCUAUCAAUUUUAAUUGUUAUUUUAUUAUUUGCAUCAAUGUUUACAUCUGUCGAAGGUGUACCAUUCCAUACAUCACUUUAUUUUGCCGUUGUUACAUUGUCAACAGUUGGAUAUGGUGAUGUGACACCUCAAUCUAUUCUUGGUCGUAUGCUCACCAUUACAAUGAUUAUCUUGACUUUGGUCUAUCUCCCUCUUAUGACUUCUGAAUUACUUCAUAAUUUAUCAAAUAAUAGGCCAUGGCAUAGAAGUUAUAAAACUAAAAAGGAUUUUGUUGCAAUUGCAGGAAAUAUAUCUGAAAAAUCAUUAACCUUAUUCUCUAAAGAAUACUUUUUUAAUUCAAGAAUAGCAAAACAAACUCCAUUGGUUGUAUUUUGUCCAGAUGAACCACCAUCCUAUAUAAAUCAAUUAAAAGCAAAGUUAAAGAUAUCAAAAUAUUUAAUUUAUAUUAAGGGCAGUUGUGGAGUACAAGAUGACAUUCAUAGAUCAAAUAUUAAAAAUUCACUUGGUCUAUUUUUGUUUUCAAGACAAUCGAUUCAUGGUGCCAAAGAGGAAGAUGAAGAUAAUUUACUGCGUGUCAUGGCACUUCGAUCAUUUGCACCAAAAAUACCAAUCUAUGUUCAAAUGAUGACACCAAGAUAUAAACAAAAGUUUUUAGAUGCUGGUGCCUCCCAAGUUAUUAAUAUUCAAGAAUUAAAAUUUAGUAUAUUAGCACAAUCAUGUUUAUCACCAGGAUUUAGUACAUUGAUAAUGAAUUUAUUAAGAUCAGAUGGAAACAAAAAAGAAAUUGAUGGAUAUGGAGCUGGAAAGAUGUAUGAAAUAUUUACAUGUAGAUUUUCAAGUGCAUUUGAAGGAAUGACAUUUAAAGAGGCGGCCAAGUUAAUUUUUGAAAAACUUGGUAUGAUUGUAUUUGGUGUAGAAAUGGUGGUUCAAAAGAAACCCAAGAUUAAAUUGAUCCCAACUAGAGACUAUUUAAUCAAGGAAACAGACUCUGCUAUCCUAUUGGCAAAGAACAAAGUUGCAAGUAGAAGAGUUAGAAUUUGUACAAAAGAAUUUUUACAACAACCUUCAUCUCUUUAUCAACAACAACAACAACAAAGUCAAAGUCAAGAUGAACAUGAUCAACCUGCUAGUAGUCAAAAUUUUAAUAUGGACACAAAAGUAAUUUGGACAUAUGAACCAAUUACAAAAAGAUAUAUAUGUCAAUUAAAGUUGACACCAAGAAAACAAAGUGAAUUUAAUACUAAAAAGCAUAGAAAGACGUUACACAAACUAAUCAUCGAAAAGAAAAAGGAACUGAAUCAUGACAUGUCGGUUCUUCAAACCAUUCAUCAAACUGAAGUGAGCAAUACAAUGCCACUCUCUCAACUUUUCCCAAGAGAAUGGGAAGAGUCAAAUAGUAACAAUAGUAAUAAUAGCAACAAUAGUUCAGCUGCUUCUUCAACAUCUCCACUUUAUCAUCAUCAUCAAAGACAACCAUCCAACGAUUUACAAUCAACCAAUUCAACUAUAAAACAUGAUUUUAGUUUUUAUGAUAUUAUUAAUCAAGAAUCAAAUACUAGUAGUGCUAAUAGUAGUGGAAUAGUAGGUGAUUCUGGUGAGAAUACCGUUAGAUCUGAUAUUCAUUCAACCAUGACUAUUCCAGAACCACCACCACCACCUCCACCAACCAACCUAAAUUCAAAAACAAUGAUUAAACCCAAAAGAUUUUGGGCAAUUCAUUCUCUAGUAGAUCAAUUAUUAUCAUCUGUUGAAGAUAUGCAUAAUAUCAACAAUCAUAUCAUUUUGGCUGGUAAUCCAACCAAUGUAGAAUUCUUUAUACGUCCACUUCGAGAAGACUAUCUUCGUAGAUAUGACCCAAUCGUACUUUUAACACCAACACCAAUCAAAGAAGAAGAUUGGGCUAAAAUAUGUCGGUAUCCAGAUGUUUAUGUCGUCAUUGGUCGUCCAUCAUCUGUCACCGAUGUUAAAAGAGCUGGUAUUUCAAAAUGUUCAAAGUUUGUAGUACUCAAAGGUGAAGUUGCUGCUCAAGAAUCAAUCAUUACAGACAAGGAAAUACUAGUUACAGUAUUAGGUAUUAAACCUUUAAUUCAAAAUAAUUUAAUUUAUCCAAUUUUUGAAUUAAUUGAUCCAGCAAAUAUGAGAUUUUUUGUUGGUAAUGGAAAUUGGAAUCAAAAUGAUCCAUAUUAUACGGCACCAUCAUUUGCAAGUGGAAGUGUAUUCCUUAGUGAAACAUUUGAUUGUUUGUUGGGACAAUGUUAUUUAAAUCGACAUAUUCUAACGCUGGUUGAAUUAUUGGUUUCAAAGGCAUCGUACAAUAAUAAUAAUAGUAAUAAUAACGAUACAGCUGGUAGUCGUACUAAAAUAUUUCAAGUCGAGGUACCUGAAAUGUUUGUCAAUCAAAGGUUUGGAUACCUUUUUGAAUGUUUGGUAGAUUGCAAUAUUUUCUGUCUUGGUCUCUAUCGAUACGAUGAGAAAUCAUCCAACCAUUAUAAUGCAAUAAUAAUUAAUUAUAAUAAAUCAGAAAAGAAGAAAGAUCUUUGUGUAUCACCAGCUUCAGACACCUCACCUCUCUUAACCAUACCUACCUUUUUAGUUUUUAAUAAUACAACAACAACAACAGAUAAUAAUAAUCUAAUAAUGGAAGAAUCAAACAAACAAGAAUUAUUAAAGUUCUUGAAUAUAUUUCAACAUUUGGGGAUGACUCAUUUAAAGACAUUGAAUGGGUUCUUGCAACGACCUAUAUCUUCAUUGUUGACAUCGAGUAUUGCCAAUACAGCAUCUAUACCAUUAUUCGAGGCAGGUGCAAUCGAUGGAGAUGAAGCAAGAAGCAAUAGAAAGACUGUAUAUAACCUCAUGCAAACAUUGGACAAGGCCAAUGAAGAUCAAGUAGACACGAUGGUCAAUCUCGUCACCAAACAGUUACGUCAACAACUAGAUCAAUCAGAUUUGCAAUCAGCUGUUCAAUUGGCCACCCAACUAUCAAUCCCACUCGAGUAUAUCGAAGCUAUUGGCAAGUUGUACCAAUCGUUCCUUUGUUUCGAGUCGGUAUCGGUUCAUCUUACCGAAGAUCAUCUCUCCAAGAUUACCGACGCUCUCGUCUCUGUAUUUCCACUGUCACCACUUGAAGACCCACAAACUUCACAAACUCUAAUGGGUCAAAGCAAUACCAACGUCGUUGCCAAUAGUCCAGAAUCACAACUAAAGAUUCAAAACUAUAUUACCAUCCUCCAAAAAUUACAACAACUCUUUACCACUACUCGUAUCGACUCUAUCAUGCACUUGCACCAAGAAAUCAACAAUGGUCACAUUCAACAACAACUUCAACUUCAACAAGGUACUUCGUAUCACCAAUACCUCCACCAACAGAUUUGUGAGACUUUGGAUCUAAAAAACGACGAGUAUUACCUUGCUACUGCCCUCCACUCUCUUCUUCACAUUGACGAGUCUAGUCUCAUCAGUCUUAUUGACAGUUUCCCCAAGUUAAAGUCACUUCAACUUGCUCAACUUGCUCAUCUCCCUUUUAAAAAUGUCUACGAAGUUUUGGAUAUGCGUUCAAACCUUUGUUCUCUAACUUCUACCUAUGGUUAUUUUGCAAAUCAACAACAAAAUUCUUCACCAAAUUAUACUUUUCCAAUUAUUGAUCCUACAAAAUCAGUACAAAUUAAAAUAGUUGAACAACCACCAGAGAAAGCAGUUUAUAAGAGAAAUGUAAAACCAGCACCAUCAGUAAUGUUUGAUGGAGAUUCUAAAUUAUUGGAUGGAAAUUAUUAUGUAGCAUGUACAUUGUUGAGAUGUAAUACAUUCCAAGAGGAACCAGGAUUUUUGAUUGGUAACAAGACUACACCAUUUGGUAGCAGUAAAGUAGUUACCUUUAAAAAACUUAAAGUAUUGGUCACAUCUCAUCAACAAGGUGAAACACUUUUCUGUUUUAGAUUCGAUCUUCGUCGUUACCGUAGUGACUAUGACACUAAUCCAAAUGAUUUUGAAGUAGUCUCUUCGAUUCAUUCCAAUCCAAUCUGUCUCUUGUCUCACUCGACCCAAUUAAAACAUACUGCCAAUGUUGAUCUCCCACAAGUUGUCGAAGCUAUUCCUCUUAGUGGUACUAGUUCUGGUGGUACUAGAGUAGCUGUACUUGGAAGUAACUUUGCCGAUACUCCAGCCACUCGUAUCAAGUUUGACAAUGCUGAAGUCGUACCAACAUUCCACUCUCAGGGUACUCUGUUGUGUUACACUCCCGAACAUGCCCCUGGUACUGUUCAAGUACGUGUAAGCAACUCGCCAAAGCACUGGAGCAAUAAUAGUGCCGUCUAUACCUAUGAAGAUGAACGUACCAUUGCUUUGAGAAACGCUAGAGAAGAGACACAGAUGAAUGUCCCCAAAUCAUCGUUGGGUAUUGAUUUCAUGUCUACUUUUACCUCUUCGUUUAUCAUCAAGGGUAGUGAUUCAAACAUGACCAACUUGCCUAGUGGUGGUGGUGCCAUGCGUACCAACUAUCCCAGCUCUGGUGGCAAUAGAUACAAUUUGCAUGCAACUGAUGCCCGUGGAUUCGCUCUACUUCAUUACCUAUCAGUGUUUGCAGAGUCUGAUCAAAAGUAUGCUGAAAUGUUUGUUCAAGUAUUGCAAGAGUCAUCGACUUGCGGAUUAUUACAUGUUCUCGACAAGUUUGGAAACACUGCUUUGCAUUGGGCAACCAUCUUUGAGUGUGUAGCUGUAGUUCGUGCGUUACUCGCCAAAGGUGUAUCUUCAAACGUACAGAAUCUCGAUGGUAUCACUCCACUUCAUUUGGCAGUUGCUGCUGGCAACAUUGACAUUGCCAAGAUGAUGUUGUCGACUGGUGCCAACGUCACACUCGGUGACAUUGACGGUUCAUCUGCUCUCCACUUUGCCGCUACUGCCCGUUGUAACAGUCGUGAAUUAACUGCUCUCCUCUUGUCGUGUGGUGCCAAUCUAUAUGCACGUGACGAUGAAGACGAGACAUCUCUUCACCACGCCGUCCGUAAUGGAAGUGGAGAGGUUGUCGCAUUACUCUUACAAGCUGCUCACUAUUGUGAAUCCAUCGCUGCCAAGACUGCCUCUGUCUCUUCAUAUCCAUACCAACUUGUUCUGCAAGACGAACCAUUCCACUCGCUACAAAAUGAAGAUGGGGAAACACCUCUUCACAUUGCCGCUGCCACCAACAAUAUCGUUGCCAUGGAAUUAUUGUUGCGUUCAGGUGCUAGAUCAGAUAUUAUGGACAAUGAUGGUCAAACUGCAUUACAUUUACAUAUCGAAUCUAUCAAGAGACAAGAAAAUAACAAUAAUACUAGUCCAAUCAACAAUCAAGACAAUCAAAUCAUUUUAAAUCUUUUCAUUCAAAAAAAUAAUUUUAAUCAACCUCAACCAAUGAUGGAAACCAACAACACCAAAGAAACUAUUUAUUACAACCCAACCAAUCAAGUUUCAAAACAAAUUUAUAAAUAUUUGAAACAACAACAAGACAAUAUCCAAGAAUUUAGUAAACAAAAUCAAUCCAGAAUCGACCAACAACAAUAUCAAACAGUUAAUAAUCUUUUUCAACAACAAUCAAUAUUUUAA